CAAAAGGACGGUGGCUGUCCCGCCCUUGCUGAGGCUGGGCUGUUACCCGUUGGAGGAUCGAGUUUCAGAUUUGUUUAUGCCUACAGGAGGCACCUUGGGGCAGGGGUGGGGUGCCCAGCUCAGCACUGACAUUCAGGUCAGCUGUUCAAGAGGCACCUCAGAUUUCCCAGUCUCUACUGUGAGGAGCGGCUCUACAGCCCUAGGCAGCCAGGGGACUGGAGCUUUCUCCAGGGAAUUCUGGGAGGGGUACAGAAGUACAGUGGGCCUCAGCAAGCCCUGGGCUGAGGGGUGCCGGCCCAGGCACAGGAGGGGCUCUUCACACUGAAGGCUAGCCUGGGGCUUGUCCUGGCCAUAUUGGGCAAAGCCAGCGCUAUUAAUAUCAGGCAUGCACAAGCCCCCGGCACAGUGAUCCUCUUAUGCCUGUGGCCUUGGCCUCUGAGGAUAGCAGUGAGUCCUGUUCCCUUAGUGCUGUGGGAUCACAGGGACCUCCCAGCUGCUAGGCUCCCCCUGCCUUGCAGCAGACAGCACCUGCCUCUGGGGUCUCAUCCUGCUCUUCACCCACUGUGCUGACCACAGAGUGAUCCCACCUGUGGAGGGGCAGUUCAGGCAGCCGGAGCUCCUGAGCUGGCAUGGGGCCACUGUGGGCUUAAGAAUGAUGAUGCCUCCAUAACUGCUAGUCCUGAGCCCCACAUACAUAUACCUGGGGUCACCCCGUUGUCCAGGAGCUGUGCCCACCUGUGUCCUUGGCUAUGAGCAGCCUCCCGGCUUACUCCGGCAUCAGGGUCUCAGGGUGCUGGGCCCUUGGAAAUGAAGCCAGCAGCAAUACGGAGCGCCUGGACAGACUGCUCCCACCCGUGGGUGCUGGGCGCUCGCCACGCAAGCGCACCACCAGCCAGUGCAAAUCGGAGCCACCCCUGCUGCGCACACGCAAGCGCACCAUCUACACAGCAGGGCGGCCACCCUGGUACAAUGAGCACGGCACGCAGUCCAAGGAGGCCUUCGCCAUUGGUUUGGGAGGUGGCAGUGCCUCUGGGAAGACCACCGUGGCCAGAAUGAUCAUCGAGGCCCUGGACGUGCCUUGGGUGGUCUUGCUGUCCAUGGACUCCUUCUACAAGGUGCUGACCAAGCAGCAGCAGGAACAGGCCGCCCGCAACAACUUCAAUUUCGACCACCCAGACGCCUUUGACUUUGACCUCAUCAUCUCUACCCUGAAGAAACUGAAGCAGGGGAAAAGCGUCAAGGUGCCCAUCUACGACUUCACCACGCACAGCCGGAAAAAAGACUGGAAGACACUGUACGGUGCAAACGUCAUCAUCUUUGAGGGCAUCAUGGCCUUUGCUGACAAGACACUGCUGGAGCUCCUAGACAUGAAGAUCUUUGUGGACACCGACUCUGAUAUCCGCCUGGUGCGGCGGCUGCGCCGGGACAUCAGUGAGCGGGGCCGGGACAUCGAGGGCGUCAUCAAGCAGUACAACAAGUUUGUCAAGCCUGCCUUUGAUCAGUACAUCCAGCCCACCAUGCGCCUGGCCGACAUUGUGGUACCCAGAGGGAGCGGCAACACUGUGGCUAUCGACCUGAUUGUGCAGCACGUGCAUAGCCAGCUGGAGGAGGGCUGCACUGGCCUCAGCACACCAGUGCCACCCCCUGCCGCGGACACUGAGUGUACUCAAGAGCACACCGCAGGUACGGGGCAUGCACACCAUCAUCAGGUGAGCACCUACCCGCAGGACGGGGUGCCCCAGCAGGCCCACCCCCUGCUAAACAGCUGGCCCCACAGGGACAAGGAGACCAGCCGUGAUGAAUUCAUCUUCUACUCUAAGAGGCUGAUGCGGCUGCUUAUUGAGCACGCACUCUCCUUCCUGCCCUUCCAGGACUGCAUCGUACAGACCCCACAGGGGCAGGAUUACACCGGCAAGUGCUAUGCUGGAAAGCAGAUCACUGGAGUCUCAAUCCUGCGUGCUGGUGAGACUAUGGAGCCCGCCCUGCGCGCGGUGUGCAAGGACGUGCGCAUCGGCACCAUCCUGAUCCAGACCAACCAGCUCACUGGGGAACCUGAGCUUCAUUAUCUUCGGCUGCCCAAGGAUAUCAGCGACGACCAUGUGAUCCUGAUGGACUGCACAGUGUCCACAGGUGCUGCAGCCAUGAUGGCCGUGCGCGUGCUCCUGGACCAUGAUGUGCCUGAGGACAAGAUCUUCCUGUUGUCACUGCUCAUGGCAGAGAUGGGUGUGCACUCGGUGGCUUAUGCAUUCCCACGUGUAAAGAUCAUCACCACAGCUGUAGACAAGCGAGUCAAUGACCUUUUCCGGAUCAUUCCAGGCAUAGGGAACUUUGGUGACCGCUACUUUGGGACAGACGCAGUUCCUGAUGGCAGUGAUGAGGAAGAAGUGGCCUCCACAGGUUAACUGCCCAGGCUAAGCUACCCAGACGCCACCAACCCGCUGCUUCCUGGCCUGGAUUGCAGUGUACAAAGGCAUAACUUAAUUUUUAAAAUGUUAUCAAUAUAACUUAUUCUACACAUUUUAUAAAAUAAAGCUUUAGGAAAAUGGA